ACACGACAGCAUCAGUUGACCUGGACAUAAAAGCCUCACUGAAGAAUCUACAGUAGAUAUUUCUCCUACUGUCCCCACAUUAACAAAAGUCUGUGGAUGUAUGGAUUAGAUUCUAGGAAUGAACUGGCUAUACCUCUACGCUCCUAAUUCUGAUUUCUGAGCUGUAGGCCUUGGGAGAAUUUUCUUUCUUUCUUUUUUUUCUUGUUUUGAAAAAUGAAUGUCGCUCAAGAAGCCCAGAACCGGGAGGCAUUCCGGCACGCCGUCGUCAACACCCUCGAACGCCGUUUGUUUUACAUACCUUCCUUCAAGAUCUACCGCGGUGUCGCCGGCCUUUAUGAUUAUGGGCCUCCGGGCUGCGCCGUUAAGUCUAACGUCCUCGCCUUCUGGCGUCAGCAUUUUGUCCUGGAGGAGAACAUGCUAGAAGUUGAUUGCCCAUGUGUCACUCCAGAGGUUGUGCUCAAGGCAUCAGGCCACGUGGACAAGUUCACCGACCUUAUGGUCAAAGACGAAAAGACUGGAACAUGUUACCGAGCAGAUCAUCUGCUCAAGGAUCAUUGCAAAGAAAAGCUCGAGAAGGACCCUAAUCUCAGUGCUGAUAAGGCAACUGAACUUAGGCAUGUGCUUGCUGUGCUGGAUGAUCUUUCUUCAGAGGAGCUUGGUGCUAAAAUAAAGAGUUAUGGAAUUACUGCUCCGGACACAAAGAACAGUCUGUCAGACCCUUACCCUUUUAACCUAAUGUUUCAGACAUCAAUUGGGCCAUCUGGCUUGAGCAGUGGGUAUAUGCGUCCUGAGACGGCUCAGGGUAUUUUUGUGAAUUUCAAGGACUUGUACUACUAUAAUGGCAACAAGCUUCCUUUUGCAGCUGCACAGAUUGGUCAAGCUUUCCGAAAUGAGGUCUCGUAUUCUACCAUGAUGCUUGCAUUGCUACUUGCUUUCUUUGAGUAUCUUCCUAGUGUAGCCUGGGACCUGGAGAAGAUCUCUCCUAGGCAAGGUCUACUUAGGGUCCGUGAAUUCACACUGGCAGAGAUUGAGCACUUUGUGGAUCCUGAGGAUAAGUCUCACCCUAAAUUCGCUGAGGUGGCACAAUUGGAAUUCUUAAUGUUCCCAAGAGAAGAUCAGGUGUCUGGACGAGCGGCUAGGAGAAUGGCUAUUGGGGAAGCAGUUGAACAGGGGAUUGUGAACAAUGAGACACUUGGUUAUUUCAUCGGGCGUGCGUAUUUAUUCUUGACCCAACUUGGGAUUGACAAAGACCGAUUAAGGUUUCGCCAGCAUCUGGCAAAUGAGAUGGCACACUAUGCUGCGGAUUGUUGGGAUGCUGAAAUCGAAUGCUCUUAUGGUUGGAUCGAGUGUGUUGGUAUUGCUGAUAGAUCAGCAUAUGAUCUGCGUGCCCACACUGAUAAAAGUGGAGUUCCCCUUGUGGCACAUGAGAAAUUCACAGAACCUAGAGAAGUCGAGAAGCUUGUUAUAGCUCCAGUUAAGAAAGAGCUGGGCCUUGCCUUUAAGGGUAGCCAAAAGAUGGUGGUUGAAGCUUUGGAGGCCAUGGAUGAAAAGGAAGCCAUGGAGUUGAAAGCAACUCUGGAAGCCAAAGGAGAGGCCUCGUUUCGUGUUUGCACUCUUGAAAAGACCGUGAACAUAAAGAGUAAUAUGGUCUCCAUCUCCAAGAAGAAGAAAAAGGAGCACCAGAGGGUUUUCACUCCAUCGGUUAUCGAGCCAUCGUUCGGUAUUGGGAGGAUCAUAUAUUGCCUCUAUGAGCACUCGUUUUACACGAGGCCUAGCAGAGAUGGAGAUGAACAGCUCAAUGUCUUUGGCUUCCCGCCUCUUGUAGCCCCCAUCAAAUGCACUGUUUUUCCUCUGGUUCAGAAUGAGCAAUUUGAGGAAGUUGCUAGAAGGAUUGCCAGGUCACUAACUGCCGUUGGGAUCACGUACAAAAUCGACAUUACUGGAACCUCGAUUGGGAAGAGAUAUGCAAGAACGGAUGAACUGGGAGUCCCGUUAGCAAUCACUGUUGACUCAGAAAGCUCGGUGACUGUGAGAGAGAGGGACAGCAAGCAGCAGAUUCGUGUUAGUGUUGAUGAGGUGGCAUCUGUGGUGAAGGAGUUUACAGAUGGAGUGAGCACCUGGGGCGACGUGCUAUGGAGAUACCCCACUCAUUCAAAUUGUGAUGACGUGUCGUGGAUUGUCCAAAAACUUUGCUAUGAAUCAGAUCGCAGAUAUGAGGCCCAAUAUCGUAUUCCUCAAGGCCUUCUCUCGCUACUGAAAUUUCUUUCCGAUAAGGUCAUCCCGGACAUCAACUCACCGGCCAGACAUCUGCCGCCGGCACUCGGGCCGCCAACGGUUGUGAAAAGCAUGGUAGUUUUGAAAAGAGAACUAUUUUAUCUGAGAUCAUCAUUUCGUCGGAGCCAAACUGCAGUUUUCUGCACAAAACCUGAGCGCACUUUUGCUUCAUCGCAAGCUCUUUCCGUAACAGAUGAUCAAACACUUUUCAGCAUUCUUGAAUCUUGCAAGCUGUCCCACAAUUUCAGAACUGCAAAUACUGUGCACAGUAGAAUCAUUAAACAUGGGUAUGGAAUGUACCCAUUGCUAUUAUCCACGUUACUGAAGGUGUACAUGGCUUGCCAAAAACCCAUUCUUGCUCAACAACUACUUGCCGAGGUAUGUUGUCCAAAUUUUGGCAUCUCUGCAAAUUUGCUGAUUGAUAGUUGUUUGAAGACUGGCGAAAUAGAUAUGGCAGAGAAAGUAUUUUCUGCUCUACCUAUCCGAGAUGUCGUCACAUGGAACUUGAUCAUUGGGGGUAAUGUCAAAAGUGGAUUCUUUGUGGAAGCAAUUGAGUUGUUUAAACAAAUGUUAGAAACAAAUAUUGAGCCAGAUGGGUUUACAUUUGCUUCAGUCAUAAACGCGUGCUCAAGGCUUGGAGCUCUUAGCCAUGGAAAGUGGGUGCAUAGUUUGAUGAUCGAGAAAAAAAUCGAGUUAAAUUAUAUACUUUCUUCUGCACUUAUAGACAUGUACUCUAGAUGUGGUAGAAUUGAAACAGCAAAAUCCAUCUUUAGCAAUGCUCAGAAAACGGAUGUAUCCAUAUGGAAUGCAAUUAUAAAUGGACUAGCAAUUCAUGGGCUUGCUGUGGAUGCAAUUUCUGUUUUCUCAGCCAUGGAAAGGGAAAAAGAUAUUUCACCUGAUUCUGUAACCUUUAUGGGAAUCAUAAAGGCUUGUAGCCACUGCGGCUUACUAGAACAGGGUCAAUGGUAUUUUAAUCUAAUGCAAAAAAGUUACUUGAUUCGGCCGGAAAUCGAGCACUAUGGGGCAAUGGUCGAUCUUUUCGCACGAGCCGGACUUCUGGAAGAAGCUUAUGCAAUGAUUAAUGAGAUGCCAAUGGAGCCUGAUGUUUUUGUAUGGAGGACACUACUUAGUGCAUGUAGAACUCACAAAAAAUCCAAGUUGGGUGAAGAAGUUGUCGGGAAAAUAAAGCAUUUAGGCAGUGGGGAUUAUGUUUUGAUGUCAAAUAUGUACUGCUCAACAAAGAAAUGGGAUUAUGCAGAAAAUAUGAGGCAAACUAUGAAUAAGAAGGGAGUUCAUAAGGCUAAGGGAAAGAGUUGGGUUGAACUGCAUGGUAUGAUUCACCAUUUUAGGGCAGGUGAUAGGUCCCACCCAGAAACCGAAUCAAUUUAUACACUAUUGGAAGCUUUGACUCGUCGAUCUAGAAUGGAAGGUUAUGUUUCUGUACAGGAUUUGGUUUUGAUGGAUAUAUCAGAAGAAGAAAAGGAGGAGAACUUGAAUUAUCACAGUGAAAAGUUGGCUGUGGCUUGCGGGAUCCUGAAAUCUAGUCCUGGAACUGAAAUAUUGAUUUCCAAAAAUUUGCGAACUUGUCUUGAUUGUCACAGUUGGAUCAAGAUUGUGUCGAAAGUUCUGCAUAGGGUGAUAAACAUGAGGGACAGGAUUCGCUUUCAUAGGUUUGAGAAGGGCUCUUGUUCUUGUGGUGAUUAUUGGUAAUUAUUGACGGGAAGUUGUGGUUUUGAAACCUGAAUGCUUUUUGGAACUACAGUUUUUCUCCCAAUUGUAGAUGAGGAAAGGGGGAAAAUUAUAGAGUUGAUUGUUGGUUGAGAUGUGUGAGGAUUGAUCUACAUGGGCUGUGAUAUUGCCUUUCUACUGGUACAUAGAAUUUCUAGAUUAUUAGACAAAAAUAUCAUUGAGGUCCAGUUGAAUUACAAAAAACCACGAGCUAUAGCUUUCUGAGAUUGUAAAUACUCGCCUCAUCUUUGCUGCUCUGCUUUACAGAUCACUCCCUCAGGACUAGAGCAAGAUAUUUGUCAAGUCAAUUAAACUUAAAGCUUCCUAGGCUACAUCAUCAGAAUUUCUCGUUAAGCUAUAUCAAUGGAGUAGUUUUCUUGUAAUUUAUCCAAAUUUAUUAUAAAGGGAUCUGGCAUGGCCCUCUUCUUUGAUGAAUAUUGAAAUUUCAAUGGUUACAGAGAACCAUUGACAGCCUCGAUUGGGAUUUUGAAGGAGCCAAUAGUUUUCUCCAAUUGAAUCAAAUGCCGGCUUCAUUUCUUUCUAAACACAGACUAUUUCAUCUUAAAGAUCUAAAAAUUAGAUCUUUACUUCCUGCUCCUUGGCAGCUACAUGACUUGGGACCCCGUGCAUUACAGUGACAACUCUCUCCUACUCGUGUAAGAACAUUUCUUUUGUCUGGAUACAAAUCUUGAGUUUGUUUAAUUAGAUUUUGCGUAUGCAAAUUAGUCUUUUCCUAGUAAUCUAUGUACUCUCUUGUUUAUAAUUUUGUGUAUGUAAG